AUGGUCUUUAGUACGAAAAAGGCAAUCCUAUUGCCAUUGGCGCUCUUUGGAGCCAUGGCACAUGCUUCCGGCGUCACUUCAGAAAAGGAAGAAAGUAACAACGCCAAGCUGAUGCGAAAACGUACUUCCAACGAAAACAAAUCAGCACAGGCAACACGAACCACCGGAGAUAUUUGGGAUGAAGUCGCUGCCAAGGCAGAAUUGGAAAAUGAGGCAGACAGUAUGUACCGUGAUCUUCAACGCAUGAGUAUGGUACACGGCCCUUCCACCCCUACCAUGCCACCGGUCUUUAUGCCCACGUUGAGCCCUGUUUCGUGCGGUGGACAAAGUCGAGAGGACUACCUUCUGGCGAUUCUAUCCCAAAUCACCAAUGUGAACAUUUUGCAGAAUCGUCUCACUCCCCAAGGAAAAGCAUUCGAGUACAUGGCCUUGUUUGAUGAAUACCUCGCCGAUCCCUGUGGUGACAAGAACAUUGCCCAACGAUACAGUCUCCUCACUAUGUACUAUUCCACCAAGGGUGACAACUGGACCAACAAGGCUCGUUGGCUAACGGGAGAACAAGAAUGUAACUGGGCUGGAAUCGACUGUGUUGACAAUCUUGUCACCAACAUUAAUCUCGAAAUCAACAACUUGGACGGUACCAUCCCAGAGGAACUCGAAGUAUUGACUCGUUUGUCGGAUCUCAACUUGUUUGCCAACUCUUUGAUCGGCAGCAUUCCCACAAACAUCCGAUACCUCACUGCUUUGGAAUCCAUUGACUUGCAAGAGAAUGAGCUGUCUGGAGAAGCACUCCCUCCUCAAAUGUGGUUCUUGACCAACUUGAAGAGCUACAAGGUUACCGGAAACUCGCUUUCCGAUCCCAUUCCGACUCAAAUCGGUUUAUUGCGAAGUCUUGAAGAGCUAUGGAUCUCGGACAAUGGAAUUGAUGGAAGUAUUCCUACCGAAAUUGGAAACUUGCGAUCUCUUACCACUCUUGCCCUCCACGAGAAUGAGAUCAAGGGUACCAUCCCUACCGAGCUCGCUCUCAUUCCCUUCAAGGAACUUUACUUGCACAGUAACUUCCUUUCCAACACUCUUCCACCAAGUCUCUUCAACGUGGCCAGUUUGACCGAGUUCCGCAUUGAUGGAAACUUCUUCACUGGUGACCUUCCAGCCAACAUUGGAAUCCUCACAAACCUCAUCGAUUUCCGCGUUGACAACAACAAUCUUGACGGAACCAUCCCUCCUCAACUCCGAGAAUUGACCAACCUUCAGUUCCUCAAGCUCGGAGACAACUUUUGGACUGGUCGUGUUCCAAACAUAUUCGGCAACUACGAAGCUCUUGAGUACUUUGAUCUUUCGGGUAACGAAGCUCUCACUGGUGAUAUCCCGGAGAGCAUUUUCAGCGUUCCUACUAUUCGAUUCGUGUACAUGCACGAAUGCCCCAAUUUGGGAGGUACCAUCCCUUCUUCGUUCCAGAAUGCUGGUGAACUGAGAGAUCUUUAUUUGUAUUCUACCAACAUUGGAGGAACCGUUCCAAGUAUUUCCAGUGGUCGAUUACUGGAAUUGAACGAAUUCUUGAUCCAAGACACCCGGAUCACCGGAUCCAUGCCGGAUUCCGUUUGCGACUUGCGAACUGAUGGAAUCUUGGAUGACUUGUGGUCCGACUGUGGUGGAUCCAGCCCCGAAAUCCGAUGUGAUUUCCCAGACUGCUGCAAUCGAUGCUUCGAGGGCACAGUGGCUACAUCGUAG